AUGUCUAUUUGCCAUGAGGUUGAUGCAACACCAUCAUGGCAGCUUGUAUUGUCAGCACUACUGCUGAUCCUUCUCCCAGAAGCCCUGGCAUUUGGCUUGUUUUCGAGCAUGGGAUUCGCUGCCAACAUUGCCAGCUUUGCGGCGGAUAGCCAGGUUGACCUCCUUGGAAAUGUGGCGGCUGUUGCCUGUGCCUUGGCAUUGGCUGCUGCUUUCAUCGUCGAUGUCCAUCGGAGGAAUCUGGCUGUGCAAGCUUUGUUUGCCUUUCUGCUCGCAGGUGGCUUUCUAGCAACUUCAUCCUUGAAGUAUAUUGGAUAUCCCUGGCUCAGCAGCUUGGUGUGCUUUGCUUUUGCGAUCAUUCUGGUCGCAGGUCUCCGUUUGCGAUGCUUCAAAGGGGGUGACGAUGGGAUCCCUGGACAGCGUUUUUUCGAUAGUGUGGCAGUGAGCUUUGUUCUUGCUACGUUAGUCGCCUUUGCUUGCUGGGUCGGCUGGCAAGCUAUGUUUGACAGGUUUUGGAGCCUGGAGACACGGAAAUGGCUUGCAAGCCAGAAUGAAGAAGUGUACGAGUACUUCUACGACAACAGCAGCAUGGCUUUAAACUACACAGCCCAUUGCAGCGAGGAGAAAGAUGUGUCGUUCCUAGACACUGACGCUCAGGCUGCUGUUCUCUCAGCUUGCAAAAGUGCAGAGACGGUGUGGUUUCUCCAAUGGGCAGGGCCCUGUGCCAUUGGAAUUGGGAAUGUCAUUGUAGCUCUAGUGAGCUGGGUCUUUGCUCAAGCAGCGCAGGGUCUUGAAUAUGACGAAGCCGAAGCACAGCGAGUCAAGAGUGCUCUCAAGAAGUCCACAGCUCUUAUCGUCAUGAUGCUCACUGUGAUGUACAGUGCCCAGUAUGUGUCGGGUGCCAAUGUGACCAUUAGCUCUGGCCUUGUAGCUUUGGGAGCUGCAUCAGUUGCUUCAAUAGUCGGGUUUAUGCUCUUGGAGUUUGGCUUUCAACGCUUGAACAGUGUGACACAGAAGGAUCGCUUGGCCCAAAACCUGAUGAAAAUCCUCAAGUCUGACUGGAUGAAAGCAGUGAUGGUUUUUGGCUUGAACUUGUUCAUCCCUGUAAUGCUUCUUUUGGACGCAGUACGGCAAAAGGUUCGGAAGUGCACAGGUUUACCAACAGAAGACGGCAAAUUCACAAAAGAAGGGCAACGCAUCAUCGAUGAGAUGCACACAUGGGCUUGGAGCAGCAUCUUCUUCAAGGUGAACUUGUUGGGAAUGAUGGGUGUGGCGUUGCUUUUGGGAAUGAAGGUGACUUAUGUGUUCUUUGCAUGGCUGAACCAAACUCUGGCUGCUGCAAACUUGACCUUUAUCGUGUUGAGCUUGAUGGUUCUGGGAGUUGGUUUGGCAAUGUUCCUUUGCCCAAUUGUCCCAGGGAGUGCAGUCUACCUCUUUGCAGGAGUCGUUUUGGGUGCUCAAUCUCAAGUCGCCGGUCCUGAUGGCGUCAUUGGCUUCGGGUGGGGCAUCGUGGCCGGAGCGCUCGUCUCCUCUGUGGCCAAGAUGAUUGCAUGCACGCUCCAAUACUCUAUGGGCUAUGGCAUGGGCAAGUUUGUGAAGGUCCAGCAGUUCGUCGGUGUGGACAAAGUGCCAACAAGGGCCAUGGAGCAAAUCCUCAAGCAGCGCGGCAUGAAGAUGGACAAAGUGUCCAUCCUUGUUGCAGGACCUGACUGGCCGACCAGUGUUCUUUGUGGCAUUUUGCGCUUGAACAUCCCACGGAUGUUGCUGGGAACUCUGCCAGUGAUUGGAGUCAGCAUUGUGCCUCAAGUUCUGGUUGGUGCGCUGCUGACCUACUCGGAUGAGUCUUCAAGUGGCGUUAUGAGCAUCGUCUCAAGUGGGGUGACCUUGGCUGCAGCAGUGGUGCAAGCAUUGGCCAUGUUCUACUUUACCUACCGCAUUAUGAAGGUGGUUGAUGAAGAUGGUGAGAAGCUUGCAGAGCCACGUCAGGAGCAUGCAGCCGUUGCGGCGCUGACGGAGAAGGAGAAAGACUAUGUCGCGGCUUUGCUCCAGAAGUCGCAGUGGGGAGAGAUGAAGCGAUUUCAGCGAGUUCUAGUGUUGCUCUCAUCCAUGUGCAUGUUGACUUCCAGUUUUGUCUUCAUCGCAGACUACUCUGUGGCAGACAAGUUCUGUUUCAGAAGCUUCGAGAUCACCGGCCAAAUUGAUCUACCCAUCGAUCAAGGCGGACUGGCUGGCGAUGUGAUGAAUUUGGUCAUCAUCCCAUGGGGAUGGUGCGCGUUGGGCUUGGCACUUGCAGGCGUGAUCUUCCACAUUGUUGUCAACAAGUGGUUGGCCUGCGAUGCGCGUGCGCACCUGAUGCGAGACCACCCCAACGAGGACCGGCCCCAAAACGGGCCACGGAGCAGUACAGCCUAUGAGGAGGCUCUCAGCCGGAGGAGCGGCCGAAACUUGGCUGUGGUCUUCACCGGCUCGCUGGUGAACGUUGACAUGGCCAAAUUCUUAACGGUUCGCUGGGUGAAUGUUCGGCGAACUCGCAUUUUUAGUGUGCCUGAGCCUUUGUGCACAAAGGCCACGCUCUCGCCGCCGGUGCACAGGACAUCGAGGCGGGUGACGUUCACGAUGAUUCGCACGGGAUGGUCGCGGCUUACAACCGGAUGGGGCACAACUUCAGCAGAAAGCGCGGCGAUUGACCAGCUCCUGAAUACGCACCGGGCGCUCCUCCUAGAUGGAGGACGUGCCGAGGUGGGUAGUGAAGCUGGCUACAGUGCUUGCGCCAUUUUCCUGAGCUCCGUAGAGACCGCUGCGAAGACCUUUUGUCUUGAGGCGGCGCCCCGUGGAUACCGAAAGAAAUUCUCGGCCAAUUAUCGUGCACUCUUUCCAGAUGAUGCGCGACACUAUCGCGUUGAUGUACUUGAAGCAAGUGCAGACCAACACUCUGCAAUUUGGGUGAAUGGAGACAAGUUUGAGCUCAGCCCAGAGGCCAUUUGCCACGCUGAAGCUUUGCAAAAGGCAUGGAGUGAUCUCACGCAGCUUCUCGAAGCUUGCAACUCGUCAGAUGGCUCACGGCAUCCAGGCCGAUCAGAACUCUGUGCGGUUUUGGAUUCCUUGGACGUGGCCUGGGCGGGCUUCGAACACAAGUACAUCGCUGAGCUGAUCGAGAUCGAGGAACAAGCACGAAGGUUGAUCAUCAAGGCAGUAGAGCUUGAGGCCAGGUUGUCCCUGGUGGAGGACUCUCCUCAGAAGGGCAAGGAAUGCCACGAGCUCCAACGAGCGCUAGUGCAAGGCAUUGCGCAUCUCAACUCAGUGGCCAACUUUCGUCGCAAGGGGCGAGACGAUCUAGGCUUUGACAUUCUGGAAAGUGCAACAGAAGUGCUGAUUAAAUUUGGUCUCAGCAGUAAAGACAUCGUAGCUGCUGGCGAGGGCAAGGGCUUUGCAGCAGCAGCUAUCCAAGAUGCUGUUUCCAGAAGUGCCGGUGUGUCCAUGGCAGUUGAUGUGGUCGGCUCUUUUGAAGCGAUGCGCCGGUAUUUGCGUGAAGUGAAGAAGUGUUUGGAGCGCGUGGACCCGCACCUGUGCAACAAUGUUGGCCUUGUCGCAAGGCUCGUAGACUGGGAGGAGAGCUGGGAAAUUGGAGCCCGCUAUGUUCGGCAAAGAACCUUGUUCGAGGCCAACAACGACAUUGUGGCAGAGUUCCGGAUCGCCCAAACACUGGCACCUGCGUUCACCACCAUGUGCACUGAUUGUGAUGUGGAACUUUUCCUGGUUCUGCCGAGGAUGGUGAUUUUGUGUUGCCUGGAAAAGCCGCUGGAACCGCGGGCAGGACUCUUGAGGAGUUUGCUGCCUCACCGAUUUCCAGAGAAUUCCAGCAGCGGUCUAGACCAGGACCCCGAGAUGGGGGCACUGCUCACACAGUUCAACCAGGUCCUUCAGCUGUUGGGAGAGAGCCAUGACGACGCACCGCACGCCACGCUCGUGCGACGCGCAGUCGCUGGCACAGCUGAUGAGGUCCGACAUCUUCCUCGGCCGGUGCAAGAGCGAGUAGAACAUCUCAUGCGAGAUGUGGAGAAAUGGUCCUUGGAGCUUCAACGCAAAAACGCCGAGGACGCCCCGGCGGAAUCUCCCCGCAUCGAUGACUGCGGGGCGGAACUUUUUCCGACGAGACUGAUCCGGGUUGCCCGCUAUGGAGUGAGUGACUCUGCUGCUGCCUUUGCUGGAGCUCCGGGAACGAAGCGGCCAUCGACUGAAGAUUUGCAUUGGCCCUGGCUGACUUACCUUAAGGCCACCGAGCGCCUUCAACGCGCGGGCUAUGAUGUCCUUGCAGGUUGGUUGGCGCCUUUGGCCAACUGCGGACACCUGUCCGCCAGCUUCCGGUUGAAGGCCCUGAGCGAGUUGAAGUCGAAGCUCCAGGUGUCGGAGUGGGCGGUGCGGAAUGAGAAGACCAAGGAGAUGGAGGUGGUCCACGCCUUACGUGAAACGCUUCUGGAGGAGACCGGAACGAGCUCGAAGGCCUCUCCUCGAGUCCGGGUGGUCGCCGUGUGCGGAGCGGAUGAGAUGAAGCGCUACAGCAGCCUCAAGCCACAGGACAUGCUGGGCCUUGUGGUGGUGCCACAGCCUGGAGAUGAGGAGUUUUUACUGGAGAAGCCCCUUCAACAGAUCUACAUUGCAGAGGCAUCGCAGUCCCAGUUCAACAUGCUGGACGGCAAGAUCUUGGAGGAAGCGAUCGCAGGUGGCGACAUGGCCUUUGUGAACCAGGCUUUGCCACCUGAUGUGAAUCGCUUGGCGCUUUUCCCCACCCUGCAGGAGCAGCAGGACUUCGGCUUCGACCUGGCGAAGUUGGAAACACAGGUUCCAGAUGGCCCUUGGCCAGCAGCAAAGCUCAUGAAAAAGCUGGUGAGCAUUGCACCCGAGGCUCAGGGUGCUCACACUUGGGCACUGCUCAUACUCAGCGAUGCCAUGGUCCCUGCCAUGAAAUACCACCUGGACCUCCUGGCCAAGGCAAGAGCGAGACUUGAGAAGCGGGGCUAUUGUGUCAUUGGCAUGUGGCUCUCGCCCUGGAGCGAAAGUAAGCUCAAGAACGGUGAACUGAGCCGGGAGUUUCGUGCACGUGCAGCCAAGCUGUUGGUGUCCACCGACGAACUGACCAUGGUGAGCACGUGGGAGCUCCAUCAUGAGGGGAAGCCAAGUGCAGCAGAGAUUGCAAAGCACUGCCGAGAAACCUUGAUGCAGAUGUUUCCAAACACCUUCGAAGGAAGUCAACUCUGCGUGUUCCAUGCCAGCAGCUCCAAGAACAUGCCCUUCAAGUCCUCGGAGCAGCCCUUCCGGGACAACUUGGGCUCCGUGGUGGUGCCCUGCAGCAGCGAGGACAUGUUGUUGGAGAAACCAGCUCAGUUGACCUUCAUCACGGACGAACUCCUUGAUGUCGAUCAUUGUGAGGAGCAAAUGAAAUCGGCGCUGAAAACAGGAAAUGUCCCUGCGGCUGUUGAGGCACUGGGUGCUCCAGCCGCACGCUUCCUGCUGGCGCCCAGCAACGGAGAACGAGAGAUGCAGGAGGAUUUCAAGAAGCUGGGUGUGAAACCCAUUGCGGACACCUUGCUGGCCAAGACCAAGCAAAAUGUCCAGCGGACGAUGGACAAUUUGGGCCUCAGCGGCAACCUGAAAAUUGAGGAGCUGCGGAGGUUCCUACAGAAGAUCGACCCGACGCUGACGGAGCAGGAAGUGAAUCAACUUCUCAAGGCCUCGCCGAAGUCUGAGCGUGGCAUGGUGCCCGGGGCCGAAUUUAUGGAAUGGAUCCUCAACAGCCUCCAGCCGUGA